AAAGUCGAUACUAUUAUCAUCAAUACUGAUUUUAAUUUUAGUCUUCCUUAAAGAUUUAUGAUGAAGUGUUUUGUGCUGUUGAUAUUUGUUUGUGUUUUGAGUUGUGUUUGGAGUGAAGGACUAAAUGAGGAAUUCACUUGGACAAGAAUUAAUUAUGUUUGGCCCACACAAAGCAGGGGCGGUUUUUAUCAAAAUUCAGACUUUUUAUUUCCGGGUGAGAAUCCACAAACCAUAGAAGGCGACGAGUUACCAAGCAAUCUAGAUUAUCAGUAUGAAAACAAUAUUCCCAUGGGUGCAAAUGUUUGGAAGAACAAAUUAUUUAUAACAGUUCCCCGUAGAAGAUUGGGGGUGCCUUCCACUUUGAAUUACGUUGAUUUAAAUGGCAGGAAUAGAAGAAAUGUGCCUUUAACCCCAUACCCUGACUGGAAGACGAAUUUGUUCCCAUCCCAAAAUUACAACAGCACCUUUUUUUCUGUAUACAGAGUUGCAGUUGAUGCUUGUGACAGACUUUGGUUUGUUGACACUGGAUUGCUAGAAUCACCAGGCAACAACUCUCGCAUAAAACCAGUUACUUUAUACGUAAUGGAUUUGAACAACGACCAAAUUAUUCAUUCACAUCAAUUCCCGUCAAGCAGCAUUUCUGCGGCUUCAAAUUUUGCCUCCAUUACUGUGGAUGUAACCAAAAACAAUUGCCAGAAUGCCUAUGCCUACAUGCCUGAUCUGGCUGGAUAUGGACUGACUGUUUAUAGUCUACGAAACGACCGUUCUUGGAGAGUGACCCACAACUACUUUUACCUCGAGCCACACGCAGGAGAGUUCACAAUCGCUGGUCACACGUUCCAGUGGAAUGACGGCGUCUUCAGCGUGGAACUAAGUGAAAUCAAAAGCGACGGCAACCGCGAUAUGUACUUCCACUCCAUGGCGGGGCACCACAUGUACAGAGUCAACACCAGGUUCCUCAAAAACGAAACUUUAGCCACCAGAAGCUACCACGGAAGGGAUUUUGAAGAUCUGGGCAACAGAGGGGAGAAUUCGCAGACUUCUUCGGCUGAUAUUCACCAAGAGUCGGGGGUUAUGUUUUUGGGAUUGGUGAAUCAGAACGCUUUGGCUUGUUGGAAUACUGCUUCAAGUCUAAGAGAUAUUUCCAUUGUGGCCAAAAACGAUAGAACAAUGAUUUACCCCUGUGACGUUAAGGUUUACAAAGAUAAAGUCUAUAUGCUGACCAAUACCAUGCCCGAAUUUUUGUAUGGACAACUAAAUUAUGGCGAAAUUAACUUCAGGAUUUGGUCUAACACCAUCAGAGAUGCUGUGAGAAAUACUGCAUGUGAAGGCAGAUCUAGAAGAUAUUAAAAAUUGUUGCCAAGUAUUUUAAUAAAAAUUGACGAAUUAAGA